UUUGAAGAAAGCGUUGUAAUAACCCUAACGUUGUUUACAACGCCAUUGGCUAAACUCUGAGUGAUAGACAUAAUUUGUCCUUUAGCUAACUCCAUGCACACGCGUAUACUUCAGAGGGAUUGGCAGAACUUGUAAACCGAAAACCAGGAAUACAUAAAAGAUGGUUCACGUUGGUCAGUUUUACCAGGGUUCGGGGCUGUUACAGCCGGUGUCCGAAGUAACAGGAUUACCGAUUGACCAGGUGAACUACAUCGCUUGCAAUGCUGUGGCAUUUUUCUGUGCCAUACAGAUGAGAAAGCGACUGCCUGGCUCCCCUGAGAACAGCACACAGAGACACAUCACUGAACUGUGUAUAGGUCUGCUCCUGUCUCUCUUCUGUUUUGGCUAUCAGAUCAUCCACAUGAUCCUGUACUCCACACUGCCCUAUCUACUGAUGGUGUACGGACCCAGGGCCUCCUUCCAUAAGAUGGUGUUUGCUGUAGCUAUGGGAUACGCAUCAAUCAUGCAUCUGUACCGGCUAUACUAUGACUUUUUCGGCUUCUCAUUAGAUGUGACGGGACCUCUGAUGUUGAUGACUAUGAAAUGUACGAGUAUGGCAUUCGCUCUGCAUGAUGGAACGGAGAAGGACGAAGAGAAGUUGUCUGAUGACCAGAAGAAAAUGUGCAUCAAAAAGACCCCCAGCAUCCUGUCCUACUACAGCUACAUCUUCUGUUUCCAUGGCGUCAUGGCUGGGCCCCUUGUCUUUUACACUGAUUACACCCAUUUUAUCAAUGGAGAAAAUCUCAAAGUUUCAGAACCAGAAACAAAAUCUCUCAAUAAUCAUCAGAUUGACAAGCCGACGCCCAGUCCUGAGACCGCGAUGAAAGAGACUGGCUUUAUUGUGGCAGUUUGUGGAGUCCUGAUGUUGCUGAGCCCGAUCUUCUUCCCUGUGUCAAGAAUGACAGAGGAUGAGUUCCUGUACAAGACAAAUAUCCUGUACCGUAAUGUGUACUUACUGAUCUGUGUGUCACUAGUCCGGGCAAAAUAUUACUUCGCCUGGAAACUAGGGGAGCUAACAAAUCAAAGUGCUGGACUUGGUUUUCAAGGUUAUGAUGAAGAUGGCAAGGAAAAGUGGGACUUAUUGAAUAAUGUCCAUAUAUGGAGAUUGGAGACGGCGACCAGUCUGAAAGUGAAUAUAGACAUGUGGAAUAUCCAGACACUGAUCUGGUUACGCCGAGUGGUGUAUGAUCGUAUGCCUAAGGCGUACAAUACUCUGGCUGUGUUCGUUGUGAGUGCGUGGUGGCAUGGAUUCUACCCCGGAUAUUACCUAACCUUUGUAACCACCGCCUUCGUUAUACUCGCCGCAAGACAGGUACAUAGAUUUACGCAAGUUUUCCUUGUCUGUUUUAAUUAAGUCACCAUUUCGGACUAUCAAUA